AUGUUAUCUUCGAAAUAUUGCUUCGCUGUAACCAAAAAACUCAUCAAAAGGGGAACGAUUUUAAAAGUAUGUUCCAGGCCGGGGAGCUACAGCAUCAGCCACCACACGUACGACUGCCUCGUCAUCGGGGCGGGCGGCGCUGGUCUGCGGGCGGCGAUAUCCCUUGCUGAACAGAAGUUCUCUGUGGCGCUCGUCUCCAAGCUGUUUCCAACUAGAUCUCAUACAAUCGCUGCUCAGGGCGGCAUGAACGCAUCUAUAGGCAGUAUGCAUGAAGAUGACUGGAGAUGGCACUUUUAUGAUACGGUUAAAGGAUCUGACUGGCUUGGAGAUCAGGAUUCGAUUCAACACUUAACCCGAGACGCGCCGAACUGCGUAUACGAACUAGAAAAUAUGGGUAUGCCGUUCUCCAGGACUCAAGAUGGGAAGAUUUACCAGCGGUCCUUUGGCGGGGGAACAAAGAUGCAAGGCAAGGAGAUCGCUAAACGCACCUGCUGUGUUGCUGACCGCACCGGUCACGCGUUACUCCACACGUUGUACGGAUAUAGCACGAAGUUUAAGAACAUCAAGUUGUUUACGGAGUUUUUCGUACUGGACCUUCUUGUGCAGGGCGGCGCGGUGGUCGGCGCAUUAGCUUUGGAUAUGGACGAUACUAGUUUACAUAGGUUCCAAGCCAAAAACACGGUGAUUGCGACCGGCGGGUACCCCAGGAUGUAUUUCUCGUGCACAGCGGCUCACACGUGCACCGGCGAUGGCUGCUCAAUGCUCACCAGGAUCGGAUACCCGCUGCAGGAUAUGGAGUUCAUACAAUUCCAUCCUACUGGUAUGUAUGGGUCCGGGUGUCUCAUGACGGAAGGUUGUCGCGGCGAAGGCGGCUACUUGGUGAACAGUGAGGGUCAGAGAUUUAUGGAGAAGUAUGCGCCCAAAGCCAAGGAUCUUGCUAGUCGAGAUGUUGUCUCUCGGUCUAUUGCUACGGAGAUUCGACAAGGAAGAGGAGUAGGUCCAAAGAAGGACCACAUGUAUCUCCAGUUACAUCAUCUACCAGCUGAAGUGAUCAGGGACCGUCUGCCCGGUAUAUCGGAGACGGCCUACACCUUCACGGGAGCUGAUGUUUACACUCAACCCGUACCAAUUAUACCCACAGUACAUUAUACAAUGGGUGGCAUUGCAAUUAACUAUAAGGGAGAGGCUAUUAUAAACAAGAACGGAGUGGACGAAGUGAUACCAGGUCUUCAUUCAGCCGGCGAAGCGGUCAGUAACUGUCAUGGGGCCAAUCGUCUCGGCGCAAAUUCCAUUUUAGACACCGUGGUCUUUGGGAAGGCGGUCGGCGUGAACAUUGGCAAGAUAGCUAAGCCCGGGGAAAAACAGCCGACGCUGAAUGAUAACAUUUGCGACGCGUCAAUUGAUAACUUCGAGAAGGUCCGCAACAGCAGCGGCAGCGUGAUGCCGCACGAGCUGCGCCUCAACAUGCGGCAAACUAUGCAGAACAAGUGCGGCGUCUUCAGGGAGGCGAAACUGUUGGAUGAAGCGCAAAAAGAAAUAUCUCAAUGGUACGAUGCCUUCAAGGACAUCAAGGUGCUAGACCGCAAGCCGAACUUCAACACCGACCUGAUCGAGACCCUGGAGCUGCAGAACAUGUUGCAAGCGGCUGUGCAGGUGGUGGCCUGUGCGAGGAACCGAACGGAGAGCCGUGGUGCACACUUCAGGGAUGACUUCCCGAAGCGGGAGGAUGAAAUGGAUUAUAGCAAGCCUACUACGGAUCAGAAACCAAAGCCAAUAGAACAACACUGGCGCAAGCAUAGUCUAUCGACUGUCGACUUGGCAACGGGGAAAGUGACCAUCUCCUACCGACCGGUCAUUGACAAGACUCUUGAUGACGAAGUGCAAACCAUUCCACCAGUGCCGAGAGUAUACUAGUCGUCGUACAUUUUACUAGUCGUCGAAUUUUCUACUGGUCGUUGAACAUUCUAGAACGAAAUUGGAUUCGAUUGUUCUAGAACAAGUUGAAACGUCUCGAAUGUUCGAGAAGGAUUGGAACAAUAUUUUUUAGCGAUUUUCACGUUUGGUAUAAUAUGGAAGUCUAUAUUGAUGAUAAAAUAUGUUAAAUAAGGUUAAAUCAUGCUUGCUCAGCGUAUUAAAUUAUAUGAUAUGUUGAUGUUUGCUUGACUGU